GCCAACACCGUGGUAGCGAUAUCAGUCACCAAACGAUCGUGCUAUCGUUAACAACACAUCAAGAAAAAGUCGCGCGUUACAGAUGAACGAAAAUUCAGUAAAAAAGUAGACAACACAAUAAAAAAUAAUCGAAACGCGUGUGCGGUACCAUAUAAAGUUGGUGACCAACAAGAAAUAUUGGCAAGAGGACGAACUUGGAUGAAAGAAAAAACAAACGCUGCCUUGUUUGAGAGUGGAUCGUUUUAAAAAGGUGAACAAGUGCGUGUGUGUUUGUGACUGCGCGAAUUAUAUAUUUUAAAAGGUGGUGUUGAAAUUGUUUCAAAGAAAAGAUGCAGGAAGAAGCUAAUAAAAUUUAAUAAAAUUCAAUUUUUUUAAAAUUUAGUUGAAACCAAUUUUGCUUAUUAAAUAACGCAUCGAGAAACCAACUUAAAAAAAAUUAUAAUAUACAAUAAAAGAAUUAAGCCAAAGCAAAGAAAAUUCAAUAACUGAAAACUGUAAUAAAAAUUAAAAAAAAAACAAAAAAACGGCUGGACGUUUUUGACGCACACAUAAGCACAAAUGGCGGACCCCACCCCUUCGAUACCGACGUCCAAAGAGAAGUCGAAUUCAGUAUUUACUCUGAACGAUUUUAACUCACGCACUAAUCUAACCGAAAAGGCACAGCUUAGCGAAGAAUACAUUCCUGCGGAGCAUCGCGACCAAGUCAAAGGUCAGUCGUCAAAUGGCGCGUUAGCACAUUUACUGAAAAGUUCAUUGGGUAGCGGCAUUUUGGCUAUGCCAAUGGCUUUCUCCAAUGGUGGUAUGCUGUUCAGUAUGAUUGCUACGCUGGUGGUGGGCUUCAUCUGUACGCAUUGUGUGCACAUAUUGGUCAAAACAUCACAAGAGAUUUGCAAAGAAUCAAAAGUUCCUGCGCUAAAUUUUGCUGAGACCGCAGAAAAAGUGUUUGAAAAUGGUCCAAAACGUCUGCGUCCGUUUUCAAAGUUUGCAAAACAAUUCGUUGAUAUGAGUCUAAUGGCCACCUACUUUGCAGCAAUUUGUGUUUACAUAGUUUUUAUUGGCACUUCGUUUCACGAUGUCAUCAACUAUGACACCACCCUGAAUUGGAAUGUGCGUAUAUACAUCGCCCUGACUGUAAUACCUUGCCUAUUAAUUGGUCAGAUAAGAAAUCUAAAAUGGCUGGUGCCCUUCUCAGCCAUGGCUAAUAUUUUCAUAGUGGUCACAUUCUGCAUAGUGUUGUACUACUUAUUUAGCGAACCAUUCGUGUUCUCAGACAAGCCACUCGUUGCCAAAGUCACACAGAUUCCGCUCUUCUUUGCCACUGUCAUAUUCGCUAUGGAGGGCAUCGGUGUAGUUAUGCCCGUUGAGAAUGCGAUGAAGAAACCACAACAGUUUCUUGGCUGCCCCGGUGUGCUUAACAUAGCUAUGAUCAUCGUGGUGACAUUAUAUGCGGCUAUCGGUUUCUUAGGUUAUGCGCGUUAUGGCAGUGAUGUGCAGGCAAGCAUUACGUUAAACUUGAAAGAGGGUGAGGCUUUGGCUGACACCGCGAAAUUGUUAAUGGCCGUUGCCAUACUUUUCACUUUCGGUCUGCAAUUCUUCAUACCCAAUGAAAUUCUCUGGAGACAUAUCAAACAUAAAUUCAACGAAAGACAUCAUAACAUCAUACAGAUACUUUUACGUACCGGUAUCAUACUGAUCGCUGUUGGCGUUAGCGUGGCUAUUCCCCAGCUAGGACCAUUCAUUAGUCUUGUGGGUGCAGUCUUCUUUUCACUACUCGGAAUUUUUGUGCCCAGCGUUUGCGAGACUGUAUAUUUGUGGCCCGAUCGUUUGGGCUGCUGUCGUUGGAUACUGUACAAGAACAUUGUGUUAAGUUUAUGUGCGAUACUUGCUCUAAUUGCAGGCUCUACUACGAGUAUAAUGGAAAUCAUUGCUAUGUAUACAUAAAAAACAUAAAACCCCCACAAACAUACACAUGUACAUAUGCAUAAAUAUUUGAAAGAAAACAUAAUUAUAGCGUAAGUUUUAAAAUAAUUAGCACAAUGUUUUAUGUGCACAACUAAAGCCAGCACUAGGACCAGCUCCUUUAAGAAAGGGUCUUGAGUAGAAAGUUAAUAUCUACAUAUUUGCAUGCAUGCGAUCUUAGUUUAGUACCUGUGAUUUAAAUGUGUGAACAUGAUUCACUUUUUAAGCAAAUUUAGUUCUAAAAUUCAGUGUUUCUAGGAAUUAAAAGAAAUAAAAAAAUAUGAAACUAAACAGUAAAAUUUCAAAUAGGUUUAUAAAUAUUUAAGUCUUACCUAAGAGCCUGAGUGGCGCAAUGCUUUCGUUUGUAUAUAUCCGUAUAUAUGUAUAAAUAAAUAAAAAAUUAUGUUGAAAAUUAUUUCAAAAAACAUUUAGAAAUUGCCAAUAUACAAGGUGGCGCAAAACUAAUCACCCUAUCGGGAGAUUUAUAAUUUUUGCAAAUGGUGUCCUACGUCAAACAUAUUUGACACUAGUGAAUUAGACAGCUGCAGUAUACUAUACACAAAAUGGCGCAAAAUUAAUCACCCUAUCGGAAGAUUUAUAAUUUUUGCAAAUGGCGUCGUACAUCAGCCAUAUUUGACAGCUGCGAUAUACAAACAGACAAACAAUGGCACGCGUAAAGAUAAAAAAUAGAUUUCCAACACUUAAAAUAUAUAUUUUUAGUAAAAAAUUAUUGAAAAACAAAAUGGGAUGAUUAAUUUUGUGCCACCUUGUACAUGUUUGCUUUUAAACAUGUUUGAUGCUAUUCAAACAGUUACUUAGAAUUAAAGAAGUGCACCCCAAAAGAUUUUAAAAGAUAAAAUAUUUUUUAUGAAUUGACUUGUUAAUAUUUCACAAUCGCUAAAUUUGUUAACUUCCUCUUAAGUUAAUAAGCAUUAAAAAUACAAUAAACAUGAACAUAAAAAUAGAAAUUUUAAAACAUAAAAAGUUUAAAAUUAAAAAUAUAAUUACAUAACUUUUAUAACACGUUGCUCGAUUCAAGCAAAAAAAGCAAGCAACUAACAUACAUAUAUGAAUAUUUAGUUCUAAUAUAGAUUAAAUUAAAUACAAUCUUCUACAAUUUUCAUAUAAUGUUUUAAAAUUAGCAUAAGCUAUUGAACGGCAAUUUGUUGAAUUUACAAGCCUUAUGUAAAUACAUUUGUUGGUAUGUUGUUUACUAAUAGCGCAAAUAUGUUUAAAUAGCUUUAAAUAAAGAAAAUUGUUUAUUUUUUACAAAAAAAAAAAAUCAAAAAAAUAAAAUAAAACUUGUAAGAAGCAAAUAAAAAACACUACAAGGUCUAUAAAAAAAUAAGUCUUUAUAUAUUAAAUUGAAUGUGUUCACCAUGGAGCGUGGUCGGUUGUGCCCUAUGUGGGGAUGUGUCUUAGAAUGUUCAAUAAAAUGGUAAGUAAAUUACUGCAAGCACAUUUUUAAUUUUAUAAAAUUUUCUAAUAUAACUAUGAGGCUUAAGGGGGAGAUACCUGUACACGGCCAGAUUUUCCCUGAUUUUCAUUAAAAUAUUAAAAAUGAAGAAGUCAAUCUA